AUGUAUGGUGCUCAGUCUGAAGAGGAGAUAGAGUAUAUGUCACGAGUUUCUUAUGCAAGCGUUGUAGGAAGUUUGAUGUAUGUUAUGGUCUGUAUAAAACCAAAUCUUGCACAAACAGUCAGUGUUGUCAGCAUGUUUAUGGGACAACCAGGAAAAGAACAUUGGACUGAUGUGAAGAGAAUUCUCCGGUACUUGAAGAGUACAUCUGAUGUUGGUGUCGUCUAUGGAGGCGAGAACCCCAGCCUGGUUGCAGGCUAUUCUGAUUCUGAUUAUGCAAGCGAUGUGGACAGCAGAAGAUCUAUGACCGGCUACAUAUUUGCUUUGGGUGAAUCUGUGGUUAGCUGGAAGGCGACUUUACAGUCGACAGUGACUUUUUCUACUACUUAG